AUGGAAAAACUCCUUCUGCCUCCCGAUCUUUCUGACGACACGCGGCAUCGACUCCGAGCCAUUUCGACGGCACGCCUGGCUGAGCGAAUUGCAGCCUUGUGUGUGGAACAAAGGUGCAAGCUUGACUUUGUUGCGGAUCUGACAGCCAACGUGGCCAAGAUCUGGCAGCGCGGGCUCGCUCUCCGCAAGGAAUUGGAAGAUCCGCAGAGGCGAGACGCUGCAGGUGUGGUUUGGGCUGCCACGGUAUACAACGACCAAGUGGUGCACUGCAAGCUUUUGCAGCGGCUGCUUCCGAGGUUUGCAGGCAAAGAUGAAAAGCUGCGAGAAGUUAUCGAACGAAGUCCUCACUUGCUUCUUCGAUCUGCCAGGCCGAACACCGGCGAAAAGUUUUCGGUCACACUGCGAGGUGAUGAUGAAAGUUCGCCGCGGCUGCUGCCCGCCCUCAACGACGAUGAAGCGGAGAAGAGGAUUAAGGCAUACAUUCAGACCCAGCGCCCGUCCGGCUCGGAGAUGGCUGUUGCCAAGCAGAUGCACGACGAUGUCUUGAUCCGGGAUCUACUGCCAACAGGCUAUAGCAAGAUCUUGCAAAAGCUCCUUCGAGACCGUCACCUGGGCUACCGCACAGUGGGGCCGAAGAAAGAAGGCAGGACGGCUACCAAGAUGUUGGUGGUGUGGGAGGAGAGCCAGGAAGCGGAAACCUGGCAGAAGAAGCAACUUGGACGGCUGGACAGUGACAUCAGGGAUAUCGUCGAGCUUAUCCAGGUCCUGGGUAAAGUGUUCGCUGAUGUACGCCAGCUUGAACUUGCAACGAUCAAACGUCAUAUCCAGCAGACCUGCGGAAAGACCGUUAAUGAGGCCUGCCUGUCCGAUCAGUAUGUUACUCUCAAGGAGCUUCUGCAGCGACGGGCGGUCAAGUUGGCGGGCUUCCGCGUUUUCGAGGAUGGUUCAAAAGCGAUGCUGAUGCAUGAUGGUGUGAGCGCUGCUCCACAUCCAAGUAUCAAGAACACUUUUUUUGACAUGGAUGAGAGUGAGGCUCAGAAAAUUCAGAGUCUGACACGCAACAGGCACAAGUUCCCUGGCGGUAGAGGCGAGCCCGCCGCUGUGGCGCCCUUCAAGGAUUUCGUGGUUGAUGCUAGUGAGGCUCUUGGACAAAACACUUACCCCCAGACUGGCAUGUCCACAGGACGCCACUCCCCUGUGUUCCGGAAAGGGCCCUUCACCAAGAACGUGGGCAUGCUGGCCUUCUAUUUUCCUGGGCACAACUCACCCGCCGACGACUUGUGCAACGCUGGCUUCCUGGGAAACUUCUGGCAGCGUGAGCUUCUGGUCAAUGAUAACUUGCCCAUGAUUGAUGUUGCCAGGUCUGUGGAAGUCCACGGAGAAGCUGAUGGUGUACAGUCCGUGCAGCGGAAGUUCUGGAGCAGGAAGCAUGACUUCGAGCACCUCAGCGGCGAGGAGGCCUUCCGCCUAAAGCGCAAGCUCCACGGUGACUGCAUCUGGUCCGACAACCAUGAUGGAACUGGCAAGAACUGGCUCGGCUUGCAGCUGAUGUUGCUUCGCGACGAGCUCCGCUGUGACUCCAGAUGGACCACAUGGUUGGAGCAGCAGGUGGACCUGAGCACAGGUGAGAUUCUAAGUGGAAGCAAGUGGCCAGACCUUGUGCAGCAAGCAUCUACGGCAGUUCGAAAGUGCUUCGAAGGCGGUCACACACAGGAUGCUGAUAAAGGCCGCAGCCUUGUGCCGCCUCACUCAAGUGACGGGACCAUGGAAGGACUUGUGGCGCAUGAUCAUGACGCUUCGUUCGUUGCUGGCGUGGACAAGCACGACUCCGAGGAGCACUCAGAGGUGGAUUCCUCUGAGAGCUCCGACGAUGACUCGGAUGAGGACGGGCAAGAAUGGUUGCGACUUGUGACGUUAGCACUGAUGCAGUUUGAUGAAGCCUGGGCAUGUGAUGAAGAACUUGACAUGAGGCCUGUGGUGCAAGCAACUCCAGAUUGGUCUCAAGUGGACCCCGUUGUUCUUCCAGAUGGCAAAGAGGAGGUAGUGGCCUUCUAUUUUCCCGGGUAUUGCGCUCCCUGUGAUGUCCUCUGUGGGGCACCCUUCUUGGGCAACUUCUACGCGGACGAGCACUCAAAGGUUAAGCUGAGGCCUCGCUUUCACCUCAAUGAGCACGAGUUCAAGACUGCUGAGGGGGCCUUCCAAGCCACUAAGUUUUGGGAUCUGGCGCGGCUGUUUGAGCUGUCGAGUGGGCAGGAAGCUGUUAACACAGCAAGACUGCUCUCCAACAGACGACCUCCGGACUUGAGCCUUGCGGGAUAUCCGAGUAGGCUUGCAGCGAUGGAGGCCGUCAUAUCUAGCAAGUUCAAAGAAGG